CGUUCGGUUGUGGUCGUCGGACGUCGGGCGCAUGAAGCUGCCGGUGCUCUUUGCCUGCGUCUGCGGCGCCGUCGUCGCAUAUACGCUCAAGCGGCAGCACAUCCGCAAGCUCAACUGGAAGCGGCGCAUCGCGCUCAAGAAGAUUUCGCCCAACUCGGACAUGGGGCAGUCGUUUGGCCUCGACAUUGGUGGCACGCUCUCCAAGAUUGUGUACUUUGAGCAGGCGCCGGGCCAAAACAGUCGGCCGCGGGCCAACUCGCACGUGCUCGCAGCGCAGGAGGUCUCUCGCUUCGUCAAGUCGAGCGACAGCUACGGCAGCUCGGGCGUCCGGGACACGCGCUUGAGCAUCACGUCCGAGACGCUCGGCGGCACGCUGCAUUUCAUGCACUUUGAGACGCGCAAGAUGGAGGGCGCGGUCAUGCAAGUCGCCAACCACAGCUUGGGCCAGUCGCUCCGCGUCGUCUCGUGCACGGGCGGUGGCGCCCACAAGUACGCCGAGAUGAUCCACAUGCUUGCAGGCAUUGAAGUGCGCAAGAAGGACGAGAUUGCCUGCCUCGUGCGCGGCCUCAACUUUCUGCUCAACGUCUUUCCCAACGAAGUGUUCACGUUUGUGAACGUCGACUUCAGCUCGCUCUCGGCGACGCGCGUGAGCCUCGUGCGUGACAACAAGGACGAAGACAUUUUUCCCUACAUCCUUGUCAGCAUUGGGUCGGGCGUGAGUGUGCUGCACGUGACGGGCCCCAACACGUUUACCCGUGUCAGCGGUAGCUCGAUUGGCGGCGGGACGUACUGGGGCCUCUGCCGCAUGCUCUUUGAGUGCAAUACGUACGACGAGGCGCUUGACUUGGCCGUGCACGGGCGCAACGCGUCGGUCGACAUGAGCGUCGGCGACAUUUACGGCGGCGCGUACGAGAAAUUCAACCUCCCGGCCACGACGGUCGCGAGCAGCUUUGGCAAGAUGAUCUCGGUCGAUCGGAGCAGUGUCUCGGACGCCGACAUUGCGCGGUCGCUCCUCGUGAUGACGACGCAGAACAUUGGGCUCAUCGCGUACCUCAACGCGUGCAUCCAUGGCACGAAGCGCAUCUUUUUGUGGGAAAUUUCCUCCGGCACAACAAGAUCUCGUGCCGGACGCUCGCGUACGCCAUCGACUUUUGGUCCAAAGGCGAGAUGAAGGCGCACUUUUGUCGCCACGAAGGGUACCUCGGCGCGCUCGGCGCCUUCUUGAGCCAAGCCCACGACAUGCCGUGCAACCCAGUGUAAGGUACCAUAGUCGAGGUAGUUAGAGUGCUCAACAAUAGUAGUACAAUGUACUUGGAGGGA